AUGGAGGAAAAAAAGAACGAAAUACUUGCGAAAAUCAAUGACCUUCUGGAUGCCAAUGAUGAACGCGAAAAGAUACGAGAAUUAAUUGCACAACAGUUGGUUGAUACAGGCUGGUACGACCAAAUGAAAGCUACUUGCCGAAAACACAUUCGUAAUAAGGGUGUUGACAACGUCAAUGUUGACGAAGUAGUCAACGACCUCGAAACCAUGGCAGAAAGUACGGUACCCGAAGAAGUCAAGAACAGCGUCACGGACUAUAUCAAAAACCUAAUUAGAGAUAAUCUUCAACCGGAAUAA